GAGCACCUGCAUCCUCGCCGAGCGCCCUCAGCGGCCAGGGGAGGAAGCGACGAGACCCGGCGCGCGUGCUUCGGGGCCUGAGUCCUGGUACCUUCCCCAGCCUCCUUCCAUGCGGAGAAACUGCGAUUUGGUCAUCUACCCGGAGUUUGUCCGUGAGGUCGGGAGCAGGAAAUAAAUUUAAGACAGGUGGACAAUGUGAGCUUGCUCAGGGCAGGAGACACGUGGCUCAGGUGCGCCGGUCCAAGCAGAGGCCAUAUGCCCUUUCAGCCCCCUAGCCUGCAUCGCCCCCAGAUCCUCACGGGUUAAUCCCCUAGCCGCCCGCUCGCUUCCCGGUGCCAAAGUGGGUGUUGCUGGAAUUCCUGUCUCCCGUAAUAAGGGGGCCGAGCUGUCCCUCCGAGGAGGGGGCAUGGCGUGGAUAAAAGAGAUGAAAAAGCAGGGGUAGGUUUCCAAAAAUAAAACCCUCCAGUUCCCCUUCAGACGGCUGAGGGCGCGAAGGUGCGCGCGGUGGGUCGCGCCCAGCCGCAGACGGGGCGGACUCGGGCUCCACGCUAGCCGGGGCAGCUCACACCGCACCGUCCUCGCUCAGGAACCCCUGGAUCCCCAGUCUGCUACUUAAGCGGCCUCCUAGAGGGAAGGGCUAACAGCCAGGAGGCUCGGUAGAGUGAACCGUGGGGCUCAUCCUCGACAACCUCCCGCGUGGUGUCGCGCGCCCGCCGCUCCGGAGCCACUCUGGCGCCAUGAGGUCUCCCACCACCGCCCGCUGCUCCGGAGGCGCCCUGCGGAUCCCUCGGAGGGGCUUCCUGCCGCUCGCCCUGGCUCUCCUGAUGGGUAUAGGUCACGCCCAGAGGGACCCCACCGGGAGAUACGAGCCAGCUAGCAGGGACGCCAGUCGACUGCGGCGCCCGGUGGGCAGUCACCCCGCAGCGGCUGCAGCCAAGGUGUACAGUCUGUUCCGGGAGCAGGGCGCGCCGGGCCCGGGUUUGCUGCCUGCGGAAAGGACUCAGCCAAGCCAGGGGAGUCCCAGGAGGCCCGCCGAGGCCGAAGUCAGGAGGCCGCCCCGUGCGCAGCAGCCGCGACAAGUCGAGCCACCUGUCCAGACCUGGAGAAGCAGUCCCCGAGGCCAGCAGUAUCCCGCAGCCCCUGCCCGGGCAGCACCGGCUCUCCCACGCCCCGCGCGUCCGCAGCGGCCCGGGACCGCAAGGCGAGGGCGGCUCGUCGGGAGGAAUGUCUGCGGGGGACAGUGCUGCCCAGGGUGGACGACAGCAAACAGCACCAACCACUGUAUCAAACCCGUGUGCCAGCCACCUUGCCAGAACCGGGGUUCCUGCAGCCGGCCCCAGCUCUGCAUCUGCCGCUCUGGCUUCCGUGGGGCUCGCUGCGAGGAGGUUAUUCCUGAGGAGGAAUUUGACCCCCAGAAUGCUAAGCUGGUGCCCAGACACUCAGUGGAGGGGGCACCCAGCCUGCACAGGAGCAGUGAGGCCAGAAGCGGUCCCAUAGCCAGAACACAGCCAUUGGUACCACCACCACUGCUACCAGCCAGGACCCUGAGUGGCCUCAGCCAGACCCACCCACUGAAGCAGCACACGGGGCUAUCAAGGACCGUCCGUCGUUAUCCAGCCACUGCUGCCAAUGGCCAGCUGACUUCCAAUGCUCUGCCUGCAGGACCUGGACUUGAACUGAGAGAUGGCACCCAGCAGGCAGCACAUGUCAACCAUCCCUCACCUCCCUGGGGACUGAAUCUCACAGAGAAAAUCAAGAAGAUCAAGAUCGUCUUUACUCCUACCAUCUGCAAGCAGACCUGUGCCCAUGGGCGCUGUGCCAACAGCUGUGAGCGGGGUGACACCACUACCCUGUACAGUCAGGGUGGCCAUGGGCAUGACCCAAAGUCCGGCUUCCGUAUCUAUUUCUGCCAGAUCCCCUGCCUGAAUGGUGGCCGUUGCAUUGGGCGGGAUGAAUGCUGGUGUCCUGCCAACACUACAGGGAAGUUCUGCCAUCUGCCUAUCCCAAAGCCAGACAGGCAGCCUCCAGGGAGGGGCUCCCACCACAAAGUCCUGUUGGAAGGGCCCCUGAAGCAGUCCACCUUCAUGUUGCCUCUCUCCAACCAGCUCGCCUCUGUGAACCCCUCCUUGGUAAAGGUCCACAUUCACCACCCGCCCGAGGCCUCGGUGCAGGUGCACCAGGUGGCACGGGUGCGGGGUGAGGUGGACACUGUACUCAAGAACAGCGUGGAGACCAGAGCCCCUCCCCGGCUCCCUGCCGGCCCAGGCCACAGCCACUGGGACAGCAACAACAUACCUGCUCAGGCUGGAGAACCCCCUCAGCCCCCACCCCCAGUGGUGCCCAGGCAUCAGGCACCACUGGGCCGCUGUUAUCUGAGCACCAUUAAUGGACAGUGUGCCAACCCCCUGCUGGAGCUAACUACCCAGGAAGACUGUUGUGGCAGUGUGGGAACCUUCUGGGGGAUGACCUCAUGUGUUCCAUGCCCACUUAGACCAGCUUCCCCAGUGAUUGAAAAUGGCCAGCUGGAGUGUCCACAAGGGUACAAGAGACUGAACCUCACCCAUUGCCAAGAUAUCAAUGAAUGCCUGACUCUGGGCCUGUGCAAGGACUCAGAGUGUGUGAACACCAGGGGCAGCUACCUCUGCACCUGCAGACCUGGCCUCAUGCUGGAUCCGUCACGGAGCCGCUGUGUAUCGGACAAGGCAGUCUCUAUGCAACAGGGACUAUGCUACCGGUCACUGGGGCCUGGCACCUGCACUCUACCUUUAGCACAGCGGAUCACCAAGCAGAUAUGCUGCUGCAGCCGUGUGGGCAAAGCCUGGGGCAGCAAGUGCGAGAAAUGCCCCAUGCCUGGCACAGAGGCCUUCAGGGAAAUCUGCCCUGCUGGCCAUGGAUACACCUACUCAAGCUCAGACAUCCGUCUCUCCAUGAGGAAAGCUGAGGCAGAGGAACUGGCUAGACCCUCAAGAGAACAGGCACAGAAGAGCCGUGGAUCCCUAUCUGGGGCAGUGGGGAGGCAGCCACUCCAGGCAGCAGCCACUGACACCUGGCUCGAGGCUGGGACCAUCCCUGAUAAAGGUGACCCUCAGACUAACCAGGUCACAACCAGUGUUACCUUCCUACCUGCCUGGGUCCCAGAGGAUGCCAUUGGAAGACCAACACCACCUUCCGGACAAGGAAUUGCAAAGAUUCCAGAAGAGCCAGUGGUUCCCUCCACGGAUGUGCUGGUGACCUCGAGUCCUCCAGGCUUUGAUCGAUGUGCUGCUGGAGCUGCCAACAUCUGUGGCCCUGGGACCUGUGUGAACCUCCCAAAUGGGUACAAAUGUGUCUGCAGCCCUGGCUACAGGCUGCACCCCAGCCAGGCCUACUGUACUGAUGACAAUGAGUGCCUGAGGGAUCCCUGCGAAGGAAGAGGUCAUUGUGUCAACAGUGUGGGCUCCUACUCCUGUUUCUGCUAUCCUGGCUACACACUGGCCACCUUAGGGGUCACACAGGAGUGCCAAGAUGUAGAUGAGUGUCAGCAGCCCGGGGUGUGCAGUGGUGGGCGGUGCAGCAACACUGAGGGCUCAUACCACUGCGAGUGUGAUCGGGGAUAUAUCAUGGUCAGGAAAGGACACUGCCAAGAUAUCAACGAAUGUCGUCACCCUGGCACCUGUCCUGAUGGGAGAUGCAUCAACUCCCCUGGCUCUUACACUUGUCUGGCUUGUGAGGAGGGCUACAGGGGCCAGAGUGGGAGCUGUGUAGAUGUGAAUGAGUGCCUGACCCCUGGGGUCUGUGCUCAUGGAAGGUGUAUCAACCUGGAAGGCUCCUUUAAAUGCUCUUGUGAGCAGGGCUACGAAGUCACCUCAGACAAGAAGGGCUGCCGAGAUGUGGACGAGUGUGCCAACCGGGCCUCCUGCCCCAUGGGCCUCUGUCUCAACACUGAGGGCUCCUUUACCUGCUCAACCUGUCCGAGUGGAUACUGGGUGAAUAAAGAUGGAACUGCCUGUGAAGACCUAGAUGAAUGUGCUUUCCCUGGAGUCUGCCCCACAGGAGUCUGCACCAACACUUUGGGCUCAUUCUCUUGCAAGGACUGUGAGAGGGGCUACACGCCCAACCCUCUGAGCAACACCUGUGAAGGUGCCACCAUCAACUGCCUCCCUCCCCUGUGUGGCCCUACAGAUGUGGAUGAGUGUGAAGAUCCCCAGAGCAGCUGCCUGGGAGGUGAAUGCAAGAACACAGCAGGUUCCUACCAAUGCUUCUGUCCCCCAGGGUUCCAGCUGACCAAUGGCACUGUGUGUGAGGACAUAGACGAGUGUGUCGGGGAGGAGUACUGUGCUCCCCGAGGCGAGUGCCUCAACAGCCACGGGUCCUUCUUCUGUCUCUGUGCACCUGGCUUUGCCAGCACUGAGGAGGGCACCAGCUGCCAGGAUGUGGACGAGUGUGCAGCCACAGACCCCUGUCUGGGAGGGCACUGUGUCAACACGGAGGGCUCCUACAAUUGUCUGUGUGAGACUGGCUUCCAGCCCUCCCCAGACAGUGGGGAGUGUGUGGAUAUUGAUGAGUGUGAGGAUGAUGGAGUGUGUGGGGCCUGGCGGUGUGAGAACAGCCCUGGCUCCUACCACUGUGUCCUGGGCUGCCAGCCUGGCUUCUACAUGGCCCCAACUGGAGAUUGCAUUGACAUAGAUGAAUGUGCCAAUGACACCUUGUGUGGGACCCAUGGCUUCUGUGACAACACAGAUGGCUCCUUCCGCUGCCUAUGUGACCAGGGCUUCGAGACCUCACCUUCAGGCUGGGACUGUGUCGAUGUGAACGAGUGUGAACUCAUGCUGGCAGUGUGUGGGGCUGCGCUCUGUGAGAACGUGGAAGGCUCCUUCCUGUGCCUCUGUACCAGUGACCUUGAGGAGUAUGACACACAAGAAGGGCACUGCCGUCCUCGGGUAGCUGGAGCUCAGAGCAUCCCUGAGGUCCCAACAGGGAAUCAGGCCCCAGGCCUCAUCCGCAUGGAAUGCUACUCUGAGCACAAUGGUGGUCCUCCUUGCUCCAGAAUCCUGGGACAGAACUCCACCCAGGCUGAGUGCUGCUGCACCCAGGGCACCAGGUGGGGGAACAGCUGUGAUCCUUGUCCAUCUGAGGACUCAGUUGAAUUCAAUGAGCUGUGCCCCAGUGGUCAAGGCUAUAUCCCUGUGGAAGGAGCCUGGACAUUUGGACAGACCAUGUACACAGAUGCUGAUGAAUGUGUGCUGUUCGGACCUGCUCUCUGCCGGAAUGGCAGAUGCCUUAACACAGUGCCUGGCUACAUUUGCCUGUGCAAUCCUGGCUACCAUUAUGAUGCCUCCAACAGGAAGUGCCAGGAUCACAAUGAGUGCCAGGACAUGGCCUGUGAGAAUGGUGAGUGCGUGAACACGGAAGGUUCCUUCCAUUGCUUCUGCAGUCCUCCCCUCACCUUGGACCUUAGUGGGCAGCGCUGUGUGAACAGCACCAGUAGCAUAGAGGACCUCCCUGACCAUGACAUCCACAUGGACAUCUGCUGGAAAAAAGUCACCAAUGAUGUAUGCAGUCAACCCCUGCAUGGGCGUCAUACCACCUAUACAGAAUGCUGUUGCCAAGAUGGCGAGGCCUGGAGCCAGCAGUGUGCUCUGUGCCCUCCUAGGAGCUCAGAGGUCUAUGCUCAGCUGUGUAACGUGGCCCGGAUUGAGGCUGAGCGGGAGGCAGGGAUCCACUUCCGGCCAGGCUAUGAGUAUGGCCCCAGCCCAGAUGAUCUGCACUAUAACCUCUAUGGGCCAGAUGGGCCCCCCUUCUACAACUACCUGGGCCCUGAGGACACCAUCCCACAGCCCCCCUUCUCCAAUAUGGCCAGCCUUGAACCUCCUCUACAGCCCUCUGAACUUAAGCCCUACUAUGUGGCCAGCCAUUCAGCAGAACCACUGGCCGCCUUCGAAGGGCUUCAGGCUGAGGAAUGUGGCAUCCUGAAUGGCUGCGAUAAUGGCCGGUGUGUGCGUGUGCCGGAGGGUUACACCUGUGACUGCUUUGAGGGCUUCCAGCUGGAUGCGGCCCACAUGGCCUGUGUGGAUGUGAAUGAGUGUGAAGACUUGAACGGGCCUGCUGCACUCUGUGCCCAUGGUCACUGCGAGAACACAGAGGGUUCCUAUCGCUGCCACUGCUCCCCAGGUUAUGUGGCAGAGCCAGGCCCGCCGCACUGUGCUGCCAAGGAGUAACAGUGAGGAAUCUCUCUGGGCAGCUACCUGGAAACAGCUUCAGCCGUAGACAGGGGCCUAAGGAUGCUUUCCUAGCUGGGAAGACACGGUGAUGACAUCAGGCCAGGGUCCUGAAGCCCAGUUCUAUCAGCCUUGUCUGCUUUUAUCUCUUCCAGCUUAGGCUCUGGCUGUGAGCUUCUGUCACUGUCUCCAUGCCAUUGCUUGGCUCAGACACCACAAAACGCUUGAAUGCUUUAGCCACUGGCUGUGGGGCACAGCCCACCACCUGUCCUCAGGGCCUUACUGUGGGAUGCUCAUCAAAGCAGCCCUCAUCCACCCGCUCAGGCUGUGCAAACAUGCAGGCACCCCUUUCCAGCUGUGAUCCACACAUCAUCCUGAUAAUUCUAUAACUGGGACAGCAGCUGCAUCUGCCCUGGAGCAAGAAAGGGUUUGGAAGAGUUUGGAGGAUGACUCCAAUGGCACCUCUCAAUCAUCACCACUACUCAGUCAACUGGUGUGGGCCCUGAUUUUGCCAAAAUCUCCAUCUUGUAGCCAUUUCUGUGGCCCAAAGGGGGCACUAAAGAUUUCCUCAUCUCAGAGGACAGAGACUGAUGCUAGUUUGCUGAAUAUAAGAAACACAAAUGAAGAGUGAGAAUGAGGAGGAAUAAUGAGCCGAGAAAGCAGCAAGCAGGCAAUACAAAAAAAUGGGGAGAUGAUAUGAAAGGGGGAGCCAUGUUUUAUUCUAUACAAGUCUAAAGAAGACAUUCGGUAGCUUUGGGAAAACAAGUAUUCAAAUCCACCAAAUAGCUCCUGUGUACCCGAAGUGAGAGCAGCCACAAGGUAGAGUACUCAUCUCCAGAGACUAUUAAGUACAUAUGCUUCCUACAGGAAACAAAUCUCUCCUAGGCUUUUUGUGAAAACCAAACUGAUGUGCUAAUACAAAGAUUUCUUUUUAGUUGGUCUUGUACACAGGAAGCCAAAUUCCAAUGUUUUUCUCCUCUAGUCGGAAGUCUCUGCCUUCUGUGCCUUCAUAAAAUGGAUAUCUGGCAUCCCUCUAAGAGAUGUACUUCAGCACAAAUUAGCUGGGAGUUCAGAACCAUGGUGGAAUAAAAAAUGUACAUCUGG